CGGAACGGAACGACCAUGAGCACGAACGACUUGAUCGAGACCUUCAGGGCGCAGCUGAGGGACGACCCCGAUGUCGCCUCUGCCGUGGCCGCCAUCCGCGCCCUGCUGGGCUUCCUCAAGCAGGACCGAGGGGAGACCAUCCAGGGCCUGCGGAGCAGCCUCCUGGCUGCCAUCGACACCCUGUCCCGGGUGGACUCCUCGGUGGCCGUGUCCUCCGGUGGGGAGCUCUUCCUCCGCUUCAUCAGCCUCACCUCCCUGGAGUAUUCGGACUACUCCAAGUGCAAGGAAAUCAUGAUCGAGCGCGGGGAGAUCUUCCUGACGAAAGUGUCUGCCUCUCGGAAUAAAAUCGCCAAGCUGUGUCAUCCUUUCAUCAGAGAUGGUGCUCGAAUAUUGACACAUGCCUACUCUAGAGUGGUCCUCAGAGUGUUAGAAGCAGCUGUUGAGGCAAAGAAGCGAUUCAGCGUUUAUGUCACCGAGUCACAGCCAGAUCAAGCAGGGCAAAAAAUGGCAAAAGCCCUGAGAAAGCUGAACAUUCCCGUGACUGUGAUUCUGGAUGCUGCAGUUGGCUACAUUAUGGAGAAAGUGGACCUGGUGUUAGUUGGUGCUGAAGGAGUAGUUGAAAGUGGUGGCAUUAUCAACAAGAUUGGCACUAAUCAAAUUGCUGUGUGUGCCAAAGCACAGAAUAAGCCGUUUUAUGUGGUAGCUGAAAGUUUCAAGUUUGUGAGGCUUUUCCCUCUGAAUCAGCAGGAUGUCCCAGAUAAGUUUAAGUACAAAGCAGACACUCUGAAAACAAAUCAGAACCUAACAGAGGAGCAUCCGUGGAUUGACUACACAUCACCAUCACUCAUUACAUUACUGUUUACAGACCUCGGUGUGUUAACUCCCUCAGCUGUCAGUGAUGAACUUAUUAAACUCUAUCUGUAACAAAGAGGACUCUAUGUACAGGAUGCAUCAUCUUCAAUGACUGUCACAGUUGUAAGAACUCGGAGGAUGAUACAAGUUAAAUGGACACAGUUACGGAGAGGACAUCAUAAGGAUUAAUGUAAUUAUUGGCCUUCUUGAGUUUUUAAAGCAACAUGUUAUAUAUAGGUGGACCACUGUUGAAAAAGAAAGUUACUACAGCUUCUAAAGAUCUAAAAUAAAUUAUUUGAAAGAUG